AUGGAAUCCAUCGUAUUAUACUACUCCCCUGGAGCGUGUUCCCUGGCUUCUCAUGUGCUGCUGAGAGAGCUCGGGAUCAAGUUUGAGGCCGUAAAAGUGGAGCUUACCGCCAGUCUUCCCGAGAGCUUUCGAAAGAUCAACCCCAAGAUGCGAGUCCCCGUUCUGUCGAUCGAAGGAGAAACUAUCACAGAAACUCCGGCAAUCUUCACAGCAAUAUCCCAGCUGGCUCCAGAGAGAAAACUGCUCGGCAGGUCCAAUAUUGAGAUUGUGCGAACAUACGAAUGGCUCAAUUGGCUUUCCGGCACACUGCACGGCCAAGCAUUUGGAGGAUUUGUGAGGCCACAUAGAUAUGUCGACGAUCCAGCGCUGUAUCCUGCCGUCAAGGCAAAAGGUUGGAAGAACAUAGAAGAUUGCUUUGAGAAGAUCGAAUCAGACCUAGCCGGACUGCAUGCCGUGGGUGACAACUUCACUGUUGUGGACAUCUUCUUGUAUGUCUUUUACCGUUGGGCCAAUUAUGGCAAGGACCAGAUAAUGGAUAAGUAUCCGAAGUACACCAAGCUGGUCACACAUCUGGCCAAACGAAAAUCUGUCCAGGAGGCAUUAGAGGCCGAAGGCAUUGUUUCAUUCCUCCCAAAAUUGUAA